UCUUCUUCCUCUCUUUUUAUUCAUCUCUUCUUCUUCCCUUGUGUUUCCAGCAUAUAUAAUUCAACGCCCUUCUUCAGUGAUGGUGGAUCUUCAAACUGUGUGCUGCUUGUGCGGCGACGUUGGUUUCCCCGACAAACUCUUCCGCUGCAACAAAUGCCGCCACCGCUUUCAACACUCGUAUUGCAGUAACUAUUACAGCGAGUUCGCGGAGCCAAUUGAACUGUGUGAUUGGUGCCAAAGCGAAGAAAGACACUCGAGGUAUGGAAGCUCUUCAAAGAAAUCACCAGCUGGAAACGGAACUGGAAUAAUUGUAAAGCGAUCCGAGUAUUCAGGUGACAAAAUCAAGCAACAAGAUCGAGACGAGAGUAGUGGAGACCACAAAGGAAAGAGCAGUGGCACUCCUUCUCCAAGGCCUACCACACGCAGGUACAAGCUUCUCAAGGAUGUCAUGUGUUAAAAAAA